UGCAACGUGUGCGGCCGCGUGGGCCACCUGGGCCGCACGUGCCCGACCCGCGCGUGCCGCAAGUGCGGCGGGUUUGGCCACAUCGCGAAGCACUGCGCCGGGCCAAAGGGCGCCGGGUGCAGCCACUGCGGCUCGCAGCUGCACGCCGCGGCAGAGUGUACCUUUGGCGCUCUGCCGGGAGAGCGG